AUGGCCCUCCAGCUCGAGACAGAGCUAGCAGCUUGGCCUUCCUCUUGCGCCGUUGCCGAUAACAAAUUUGGCCCAGAGCUGCCGUCGUCCGAGUGCCGAGGCGGCUUCGACUUUACGUUGGCCUUUGAGAAUAUCGUGUUAUCUCUGGUGCCGGGGUCGGUAUUCCUAGUUGCAGCCAUCAUUCGACUAUGGCAGCUCAGCCGUGCGCGGGCCGUUUCCCAAGACGAGGGCCUUCAAGCUGGCAAGCUGUGUACCGCCUGCGCUCACGGUGUUGGCCAGCUGACGGUGGUGGUGUUCUGGGCCUUGCCUGACACUUAUCGGACCACCGCAUCACUGCCUGCAGCUGUGGUGAAUCUCCUGGCGGCGAUGGCAAUAUUGCCCUUGUCGUAUUGGGAAGGGAGACGAGCACCCAGGCCGUCGGCCGUGUUGAAUGUCUAUCUGCUCGGCGCUUGCCUGUUCGAGGCGGUGCAGACUAGAACGCUGUGGCUUGCAACAGAGCAAGGUGGUGGUGGUGAUCAUGUGCGACGGCUUGCUAUAUCCUUGUCUGUUGUUCUUGGUGUCAAGACGAUCCUUCUCGUGCUGGAGGCAGUCCCAAAGACUAUAAUAGCAACACAAACAAUCCCGGGGACACAGAACGGGGACGGAGAAGAAGAAGGGAAACAAAUAAUCAAAGAUAAAAACCGGGAAAGACAAGCAGCACCACGCGAGCAAACUGCCGGAGUUUAUGCCCGAAGGACAUUCUGGUGGCUCAACAGGAUCCUCUGGACUGGUUUUCGAAAUAGCAAGCUCCAAGCUGAUGACCUCUACGAGAUUGACGACGACCUCAGGACAAAGCGAUACAGCGAGGCGCUUGCGGACGCCUGGGGACGGGCCGACAAGAACAAGAAGCGUGCGCUCCUCCUAAGCACUCUCGGCGUUCUAAAAUGGCCGCUGCUGAUCCCCGCACUCCCACGUCUUGCACAGAUAUUCCUCAACCUCGCCCAGCCGCUCCUGCUUUUACGUGUGCUGCAGCACGUUUCCAGCCCGCCUUCUUCCGCCGGCACUGGAGCCGAUGAAAGACAGGUUGGCCAGGGCCUCAUCAUCGCCACGGUCCUGGUCUACUUUGGUCUCGCUGUGUUCAACGGCUACUACGGCUCCAAGAUCAACCGCGCCGUUGUUUUAGUCCGUGGGUCGCUCAUUGACCUUAUCUACCGGCACAUGCUCGAGCUGGAUCUGACGACGUGCAAGACCAAGGCCGCUUCGGGCCCCGCCGGGCUUGUCACAAUGGAUGUGGAGCGCGUUGAUCUGGCCGUCGAUAAGCUGCACGCGCUGUGGGCCGCCCCCAUCGAGGUCGGCCUUGGUAUCUUCCUCCUAGAGAGGCAGGUCGGGUGGGCAUGCGUAGGGACGGCUGUUGUGGCCGCCGGUUGCACACUGGCCACGACCAGGAUCAGCAGGCUCUUGCCCAGCCGUCAAAAGGCAUGGAACCAGUCUGUGCAGCGCAGGGUGGCGCUCACCUCGACGGCGCUGAACAACAUCAAGUCGAUCAAGAUGAUGGGCGGCUUUGAGCGUCACGUGGCUGGCAGACUGCAGGCGGCAAGAGAAGCUGAGCUUGACGCCUCGGCCUCGUUCCGCAAGUGCAUGACCAUGGUGAACACGCUCGUAAUGGUACCCCGACAACUCUCUGCGCCCCUGGUGCUGACCUUGUAUGCGCUAGGUGUCAACAACAACAACAACAACAACGGCACGUUGCUGACGGCGUCGCGAGCCUUCACGACGCUUGCUCUGAUCGAAAUAGUAGCAGUGCCCAUGGGAUUGUUGCUCCAGGCGCUCCCCAACAUAACGUCUUCACUUGCUUGCUUGGACCGCAUCCAGGCCUUUUUGCUGACCAAGGCCCGGGUCGAUCACCGAAGGCAGUUGCUGCAGACGGCAGACAUGGAUGAAAAGCUGAUGAAUGUGAUUGCCGAGACUCCAGAUUUGAUGGCGUCGUUCAACAACGCCAGUUUCUCCUAUGCCACGGGCGAGAAAAAGGAUGCGAGCUUUUCGCUGAGCCAAAUCAGCAUGAACUUGCCCCGGGGCAGCAUAACAAUCGUGGCAGGGCCUGUCGGAAGCGGCAAGAGUACCCUGUUGAAGGCCAUACUCGGCGAGCUUGAGCCGGUUGCAGGAGAAGUCCAUGUAGACCGGGGGCCGAUCGGCUUCUGUGACCAGAAUCCUUGGAUAAGCAACGGCACGAUACGUCAGUGCAUCAUGGGCAACAGUGAGUACGACAAUGAGCUAUAUGAAGAUGUUGUGCACACCUGCGCCUUGGACCAAGAUAUGAUGCGUUGGGGUGAAGAAGGUAGUGGUGGCGGUGGCGGUAGCGGUAGCGGUAGCGGUAGCGACAUGAACGUGGGGAGUCGAGGAAUGGCUCUGAGCGAAGGCCAGAAGCACCGGCUAGCCCUUGCGAGGGCGCUGUAUUCGCGCGCGCCGCUGUUGAUUCUGGACAACACCUUCCAAGCGCUCGACUCGCGAACCGAGGCGGCCAUCCGAGACAGGCUUCUCGCUCCAAUUUCUGGUUGGGCUGCUCGACACGGCACGACUGUCGUGCUUGCGACGACUUCUUGCGAUAAUGUCCUGCGUGGACAGGCCGAUCAGGUUGUGGUUUUGGACCAGAACGGCAACAUGGUUCCAAGUGAUGAAGCAAACACUCUCCUAUUUAGUGAGGAGCAGUCACCUCCCAAGAAGAAUGAGCAGAUACAACAGCCAGUUGAGCAGCAGGCCAAACCUAAUCUCAAACCCAAUGCCGCACUCAACGACAAGACCCCAUCAACACAGAUAAAGCCAGUAGUAGUGAGCAAAAAGGAAAGCUCCAAAGCUGCCAGUACCUAUCGGUUCUUCUUUAGGCCAGUCGGCUUCUUUAGGCUGGCCGUUCUCAUCCUGGGGGUGGUAUCUCUGGCCGUUCUGACGCGUAUCCAACGCGUCUGGGUGCAGUGGUGGACCGAGGCCUCCUCGCGCGAUCGCUAUCCUACUUUUAUCGGUGUGUACUUCACCUUUGCCGUAGGAGGCUGCACGAGCUUCGCCUUUGUCUUUUGGUGGCUCUUUAUGUCGGUCACACCAAUCACAGCAGGCGGCCUGCAUCAGCAGCUGGUGACUACCAUCUUCUCGGCACCCCUGUCGUAUUUCUCAGGGACGGACUCGGGCAUCAUUCUCAACCGCUUCAGUCAGGACAUGGCUGUUCUCAACGGCAUGCUGCCCGUGAGCAUCUUCCAGACCACGUCAACCGGUGCACUCAUCAUCGGCCAGCUCGCCCUCAUCAUGUACGGCGCGAACUAUAUGAGCAUCUCCUUGCCCUUCACGCUCUUGACGCUGUGGCUACUUGCAAACUUUUACCUGCGCACCUCUCGCCAGCUGCGCGUCCUGGAGCUCGAGCUAAAGGCACCCAUAUACACGCUGCUGACCGAGACGAUGGAAGGCCUGUCAACCAUCCGCGCUUUCGGGUGGCAGUCCUGGUACCGCGGCCGCUGCCACGAGAGGGUUGACGGGUCCAAGAGGGCCAUUUAUCUUUUGUUCAUGGUCCAGCGCUGGCUCGGCUUCGUGCUCGACUGCACCGUCGCCGCGUUGGCCACUUUCAUGGUCAUCUUGGCCACACAGCUCCGCGAAAGUACCAAUUCUGCCUCCCUGGGCGUGGGGCUCUCGAGUGUAAUUGGGUUCAGCGUUCUCGUCGCCCAGCUUGUGGCGACCUAUACCGAGGUGGAGAAUUCCCUCGGGGCCGUGGAUCGCAUCCGGGAUUGCGUUGAUACCGUGCCGUCCGAAGAAGACGAGUCGAGGCUUGUGCAGCCGCCUGCAGAAUGGCCAACGCGAGGCCAUCUAGAAUUCCGCCAUGUGUCUGCCGGGUAUGUCGGCAAAGAUGGCGUGACCACCACCAAAGUGAUCCAAGAUUUGAACUUCAGCGUCAAACCCGGUCAGAAGGUCUGGCUAUGUGGCAGAACUGGCAGCGGCAAGUCGACGAUUCUAAACCUUCUCCUCCGUCUCAUGAAUGCAAGCUCGGGCGAGAUCCUAGUCGACGGUGAAGACAUGGCGCGAAUCAGCCCCUCGGCCGUCAAGAGAGCGUUUGCAGUCAUCCCGCAGUCGCCAUUUUUCCUGCCGGGUACGACGGUUCGCACAAGCCUUGGCCUGUACGCUUCCAGCUCGGAGGGUGAUUUGGCUCAGAUACCAGACCAAGAAAUGAUCUCUGUCCUGAACGAGGUAGGCUUGUGGGACCACGUAAGAUCACAGGCUGGAGAAGUAGGGUUGGGAUUGAACAUGGACCAGCUUCCGCUCUCUCAUGGCCAACGCCAACUAUUCGGCUUCGCCAUGGCGAUGCUGAAAGUGAAGAGACAAGGGACCAAGAUCGUCCUGAUGGAUGAGCCAGCCAGCGGUUGCGACCAAGAGAUUGUGAUGGAGUUGAGCGCGCUGAUCCGACGGGCCUUUGAAAAUUGCACGGUGAUUGCUGUCACCCACAGUUUGGACAUGAUUUCUGACGAGGACAUGGUAGUGUCGCUUGACAAAUAG